ACGAGGUUCGCGUCGCUUCCGCUUCCGGCUGAGGCUGCGGGAAGAUGGCGGCGGCCAUGGCGGCAACCGCCCUGACAGUCACUUUCGGGCGGCUGGUGUCCGCGUGCAGCCGCAACAUCCUGAGACCUUCUGGGCCCGGAGCGGGGUCCCUUUGGUCUGCUGCUCAAAGGUUCAAUUCGCAGAGUACUUCAUUUCCACCAGGAUAUGUUCCUAAAACCUCCCUGAGUUCACCUCCAUGGCCAGAAAUUGUCCUGCCAGACCCAGUUGAGGAGACCAGACACCAUGCGGAGAUCGUGAGGAAGGUGAAUGAGCUGAUCGCCACGGGGCAGUACGGCAGGCUCUUUGCUGUGGUACACUUUGCCAGCCACCAGUGGAAGGUGACCUCCGAAGACCUGAUCUUAAUUGGAAAUGAACUAGACCUCCAGUGUGGAGAGAGAAUUCGACUGGAGAAGGUCCUACUGGUCGGGGCAGACAACUUCACGCUUCUUGGCAAGCCACUCCUCGGAAAGGAUCUUGUUCGAGUAGAAGCCACAGUCAUCGAAAAGACAGAAUCGUGGCCAAGGAUCAUUAUGAGAUUUAGGAAAAGGAAAAACUUCAAGAAGAAGAGAAUCAUUGUGACCCCGCAGACCGUCCUCCGGAUAAACAGCAUUGAGAUUGCUCCAUGUUUGUCGUGAUCACUGAGUUAAUAUUUACAAAGGUGUAGAAAUAAACUCUUGCUUGCCAAGGAGA